AAAAAUAAAAUUUAAAAUAAAUGAAUGAGCUAUGUAAGUCACGUAUUGACAGUUGUAAUGAGCUGUUUUAUCAAUAUGGAAAUACGUAGGUAACUGAAAACUAGUUAUGUGGCUUGCUGGGUGCCGCUAGAAAGCUCGUCAUGGUUGGCAUCGGGAAUUGCGGAGUGCAUGUAUGAAAUUGUCAACUGUCAAUUAAUUUGGCCGUGUGUCAUUUUGACCACGGUCGCAGAAGAUCGUGGUUGACAAAUGUCAAAAUCAUCAAGCUAAAAAAAAAAAAAAAGUAUUUGGAAAACAAUAUUGAAAGAUGGAUAUAGCCAAAACUUUGUUUGGUAACAGGCCACAUGAAGGCUAUGCAGGCAAGGAAGAUUAUAAUGAGAAGGUUCAGACGGCGUUCUCGGAGGACGAGGGGGAAGGAGACACGGUUUCCAUCGGGGAGGUGGCGGAGGGCGUGAGCAUCAAGGCAGACGGCGUGACGCCGUCCCCAGGGGGCCCGUUCUCCGCCCUCACCCCCUCCAUGUGGCCACAGGACAUCCUGAGCAAGCUGGGACAGCAGCCGGACGACCCCAAUUCCCAGCCUGAGUACAGAUUUGAUGAGUUCGGCUUCCGCGUUGAAGAAGAAGACGGACCUGAACAAAAUUCAAACAAACUCCUCGGGAUACCAUUUGUUGAAGAUCCACAACACAGGCUGCAGUGGGUGGCGCACCUGGAGUUCAGCCACAACAAGGAGGUGUGCGACCUGACCUGGGACAAGGUGGACGUGCGCCUGCCCCGCACCGAGAGGCUCCGGGCGAUGGUCCACGCCGGCAUCCCGCACUCCCUCCGGCCGCAGAUGUGGCUCAGGCUCUCCGGCGCCCUGGAGAAGAAGCUGUCCUCGGAGAUGAGCUACAAGGACAUAGUGAAGGCGUCAAGCAACGACGCCCUCAUGACCUCCAAGCAGAUCGAGAAGGACCUGCUUCGCACGAUGCCCGGCAAUGCCUGCUUCAGCCACUUCAGCAGCACCGGGAUCCCGAGGCUGCGCCGGGUGCUGCGCGGGCUGGCCUGGCUCUACCCGGACAUCGGGUACUGCCAAGGAACAGGCAUGAUUGCAGCGUCGUUGCUACUGAUGAUGGAAGAGGAAGAUGCCUUCUGGAUGAUGAGCACCAUAGUGGAAGACUUACUGCCUGCAUCGUAUUAUUCAUCCACACUCAUUGGUAUCCAAGCCGACCAGCGGGUGCUGCGCUCCCUCAUCUCGAGCUUCCUGCCCGACGUCGACCAGGCCCUCAAGGAGCACGACAUAGAGCUGUCGCUCAUCACGCUGCACUGGUUCCUCACGCUGUUCGCCUCCGUCGUCCACAUGAAGAUCCUGCUCCGGAUAUGGGACCUGUUCUUCUGCGACGGCUCCUUGGUGCUCUUCCAGAUAACCCUCGGCAUGCUCAAAAUAAAAGAGGAUGAGCUGAAGUCUUUGGAGAACUCUGCGCAGAUAUUCAAUGCACUUUCGGAUAUCCCUGGUGACAUUGAAGAUGUCGACAAUCUUCUUGAGGUUUCGUUCCGCGUGGCGGCGUCCCUGAACGACAUGGUGAUCGAGACCCACCGCAGACGCCACCUCGCCUACCUGAUGGCGGACCAGGGGGCGCUGGUGGGCAACCCGGAAGCCGCCCCCAACCUGCCCAAGCAGCACCUCAGCAGACGGCAAGUCAAGAAGUCCAAAUCCAUGAUCCAGCUUUUACUUUUCGGUGACGAGACGACGGAAGAAGACAUCAAGUCAAAAAACAUUCGCCAAACAGAGAUCCUGGUCGACCUGAGGGAGGCGAUCCUGCAGGUGGCGCGCCACUUCAUGUCGGUGGACCCCAAGCUCGGCAAGGUGGCGCUGGUGCCCGACUACGGCACGGAGAGCCACUCGCGGGACCAUGACAACUACGUGGACGUGUCCCGGGGCCGCAAGCGGCGGGCCAAGGCCCUGCUGGAUUUCGAGAGACAUGACGACGACGAACUGGGCUUCCGGAAGAAUGACAUCAUCACCAUCAUCAGCCAGAAGGAUGAGCACUGCUGGGUCGGAGAACUCAACGGCCUCAGAGGCUGGUUCCCGGCCAAGUUCGUGGAGCUGCUGGACGAGCGCAGCAAGCAGUACUCGAGCGCGGGUGACGACAGCGUGUCGGAGGCGGUCACGGACCUGGUGCGUGGCACGCUCUGCCCCGCCGUCAAGCAGGUGCUGGAGCACGGCAUGAGGAAGCCCACCAUCCUGGGUGGGCUUUGCCAUCCGUGGUUGUUCAUCGAGGAGGCGGCCGCCAAAGAGGUGGAAAGGGAUUUCAACUCUGUGUACAGCCGAUUGGUGCUGUGCAAAACCUACCGGCUCGACGAGGACGGCAAGGUUCUAACGCCGGAGGAGCUGCUGUACAGGUGCGUCCAGGCGGUGAACCAGACGCACGACGGCGCCCACGCCCAGAUGGACGUGAAGCUGCGCAGCCUGGUGUGCCUCGGGCUGAACGAGCAGGUGCUGCACCUGUGGCUCGAGGUGCUUUGCUCCUGCGCGGAGGUGGUGCACAAGUGGUACCAGCCGUGGAGCUUCGUCUGCAGCCCCGGCUGGGUGCAGGUUAAGUGCGAGCUGCGAGUGCUGUCGCAGUUCGCCUUCAACCUGAACCCCGACUGGGAGCUGCCGCCGCGCAAGGAGCCGUCGCAGCCGCUCAAGGACGGCGUGCGCGACAUGCUCGUCAAGCACCACCUGUUCAGCUGGGACCUCUAGGGCUCGGAGUCUCCGCUGUUCAGCUGGGACCUCUAGGGAACGGAGUCUCCGUUGUUCAGCUGGGACAUCUAGGGAACGGAGUCUCCGCUGUUCAGCUGGGAUCUCUAGGGAACGGAGUCUCCGCUGUUCAGCUGGGACCUCUAGAGUUAGUUCAGACUGUGUGCUGUUCAGCUGGAACCUCUAGGGCUUGGAGUCUGCGCUGUUCAGUUGCGACCUCUAGGGCUCAGUCUCUGCUGUUCAGCGGGGACCUCUAAGGCUUACUCUUGCCCCUGUUCAGCUGGGACCUCUAGAGUUCAGACUGUGCUGUUCAGCUGGGACCUCUAGAGUUCAAACUGUGCUGUUCAGCUGGGACCUCUAGAGUUCAGACUGUGCUGUUCAGCUGGGACCUCUAAGGCUCGGAGUCUCUGCUGUUCAGCUGGGACCUCUGGGGCUUGUAGUCUCUACUGUUCAGCUGGGACCUUUAGAACUUGGGAGUUUCUGCUGUUCAGCUGGUAUGGGUAAUUUCCCGCCCCCUUGUUCUGGCUGCUUCAGUGUCAAGCCGUCUCGGAUGGUGACCAGUGGCCAGAUAAUAGGGAAAGAGUUACAACAUUGAUGUUUCUUUGUUAUGUGAGUAUAAAUAAAUUUAUUAUCACUA